AUGAUCCAGCUCGACUUUGUAUUGUAUCGCUUUACAUGUGACAUCUCGGCUUUCACAGGGCUCUUUGCUGAGGAUGCGGAGGGACGACACAUCCCUGAUGUGGCCUCCUUUCACUGUACCUGGACCCACACGCCGCGCGCAAAGCCUAGCCCGAGCAGCACCGCUGCCGAGCACUACGUGAAUGGUGCAACAGACGACGUGCACUUUAAGGGGCUUGGCACGGACAUGGCGCUGCUGUUUCCGAAGCUGGCGCAUCAACUCAUCUUGGACGGGAUGCGGGACGUCAUCACAUUCGCCAUUCGGCCGUCGCAGUACAGCGCCGCUGGUCCGCUACCCGUCGUAGCCAAGGGUGCCCUCGAUCCAAGACCGUACUUGGGCAAACCGAUGAAGAACUACGCCAUCAAGCUACGUGAUGCUGUCGGAGGCGUCGUCGGUAAACUACUCUUCUCCCUGCGUGUGCAUGAACUCGACGAAGAAGGGCAAAGAGCGAUGCCCAGCGAUAUGGUGACCUCGACUGCACUGACGUCGGUGCCACGCAACAGCCCGGAUCGCGCCCAGAGGGCUGUGCAACAGGACCCGUCGCGCGACCGCCUGCUGAAGAUGCCUCCGUCUGGAGAGCAUCGGGUACAUCUGGCCUCCAAUGUGGUGGAACGACAGGAGGCGGCACCACAGCAGACGUACGUCGCAACAUCCCAGCGCUCCUCACCAUGUAGGCAGAAGUCACGGCCCUCCCAGCGUGGUGUUUCUGUUGUGCAGACCAUGGACAUUCUACUCGAGCGCGUUGCGGUCAAGACAACGAGCAUUGACCUUGACCACCCAGCGCCGCUUCUCCUUGGUGGCGAGUACCACAUGAAGAUUCGCUACGGCACCUACACCUUUAGCACGACGCCCGCCGUAUGCACCAAUCCUAAGGAGGUGGUGUACAAGGAACAGCAGGCGUCCAUCACGCUCCAGCCGGCUGGCAGCACGGAAAAGCUGCGCUUUUCAUUGUGGGAGGGCAAGCGGCAAGUCGCCGGAUUCUCCCUGGAUCCAGCAAAGUUCAAGUCGGAUGUUGGCGAGUGGAAGGAGUACGCCAUACCCUUCAGUUAUCACCCUACAGAGCAGCGUUCUGCCCUCGAUGUGCGGGUGCGUCGAGUCGAAACCGACUGCAGUGGCUUCCUGAGCGACUGGUGCGCACCUUCUCAGCCAUCACCGGCACCAACUGCUUCUUCUACUAUUGCUGACAUAGAUACCACCAGGGCGUCACGAGCUGUAACGCAACCGUCGACUUAUGACACCAAUCCAUCGAAUUGGUAUGCAGAGGGGGGCGCGCGUAGGCAAACACCGCUGCGCUUCUCUCCGUCGCCAAACCGGUAUGUAGGGAUGAACCUUACAAGAAACGAAGGCCCGCUGGCACACGCUUGCUCGUCGCCGUCUUCGAACCGAGGCGGCUUCUCCCUGCCAGAUUCCAUCACCGCUACCUUGGGGCUAGUGCCGCCACUGAAUGCCAAUCGCACCAGCACGCCGCUGCGCGCCUUUGACCCCUGUGCAGAGAGCGCAAGCCAAGUCAUGUCUGGCUACCGCGGCGCGCACGUCCGUGAUGCGUCCCCUGUACACGGAGGCUGGGAGCGCACACCCAUGCGCCCACGGCCACCACCGCUGACCUCGAACCUUGCCGACCUUCCAGCUGAUCUACGACCACCAAAUGAGCAUGAGAUGUACAUUGCAGAGGUGCUGGCCCGGCUUGAUCGCCAGAAAGGCACGGCGCGACAGCAGACAUCACUCAUGGAGGACUGGGCUGGCUGGCGCAAUGACCCAGAGCGCAGCCGCUGCAACAGCGUUUCUAGCAUGCACCUACGGUCACCUUCGGCGAACAGCGCGACGAGCCGAGCGGACUCGAUGGCAUCCGUGGUCUCUCGGCGCGCCGUAGCGCCGCGGCCGACAAAAUCGAACGCAGACAACUCUGUCAUGCUCCCUUUCACUCCAGACACGAGCGUCUACCGUCGGCGCCGUUCGCUUCCGAGCUCGAACCCGUUUAAUUCCCUCAUUUAA